GUCCAGAGUCUGUGUGUAACCAGCUGCUUGCGCUCCUUCUGAAGCUUUUCCACCUGCCGGAGAUAAGGACAGGGUUGCUCUGAGGUCACUGGGCUGAGAUGACAAGGCUGUGACAGUGCGUCGGAACCAGACCAAUUUCCUGUGACAUGGCUGCUGCGAAGAAGAGUUGUGCAAAGACCGGAGGCGUGCGUUUCUCAGAGCAACACCCUGCCGCCGCCGCCGCAUCACACGUUCACUUUGACGAAAAGCUGCACGAUUCCAUCGUCAUGGUUACUCCAGAGGACGAUGGCAACUUCAUGGUGAAGGUCGGUUUCCUGAAGACGCAGCAUCGAUAUGAAAUAGUCUUCACCCUGCCUGGAGUCCCGGCCCUGGGGACGGACGUGUGUCCAGCUCCUGUACCCAGUCCUCACCUGCGUAUCACUGAUAUUACACCUGCACCAGAGGGAGGUCUAAAGAUAACAUGUGAGUACAUGGCCCAUCAGGAGGGUGUUCUGUGUGAGGAGGUGCUGCUGCUGAGCGAGACCAACGAGGACGUAUGCGUCAAAGUCAAAGUUCACGCCCGGGUCAUGGAUCGCCACCACGGCACUCCAAUGCUACUGGAGGGAGUCCGCUGCAUUGGGAUGGAGCUGGAGUACGACUCCGAGCAGAGCGACUGGCAGGGAUUUGACUGAACUCCUCCAGAUCCUGAUCCUCUCUUCCCAUCUAACAUCUUCAAAUACACACAGUUGCCCCUGCAUGCUACAAUUAGAAUAUCCACCCUCACAGCAUGACGUGUGCUGAUGGUGAAAACUGUAUUUUCUUGCCCCAGCAUCAGUCGGAAUGUCAGAAAAAUUUAUGACAUGGGACAAAUGAAAAUGUUCUUUUGAGUUCUCUCCACAACAUGGAGACCUUUAUUACUUUUUACACCCGUUUACUCCUCGUACCUCUGCGUGUGUUCUUCUGGUUGAACCACCACCAGAGGGCGGCAGUGCUCUUUACAUCAGUGCAGCCUCACCCUUCCUCACUACGUUUGCUCUGAACCACUGUCGUUCUCGUCAUAUUUCUGCAGAAAAUAUAAUUAAAAUAAGUAACUUUAUUUCAAAUAACAUUUCGAAUGAAGGAACAAACAAAGGUUUUCAACCCAGAGAAAAACAUCACGACAAAGAAGCUCUUUUCAGAUGUCAGUGGCAGUUUAUUUAAUGUAUUCAUGUAAAAUCCCACAUUAAAGGUUUCAAUUUAGACUCUCUGCAUUUAACCAGGAACCUCCGCCGUGAUUAACACCACACACACACACACACACACACACACACACACACAGUUUUAAAUGUGCCUGGAAGAGUGGGUGGAGUCUGAUCCUUGAACCACGAGGCCACAGGCUGCUCCAGAGUCUUCUGUCCUCGACUUUCCAGUUCUUACUAACAUCUUGUUCUCUUGGUAAAAUGUUCUUGGGGAAACGCUGUGUGUGACGUCACGUUGGGUCUGACGUCAGUCUCUUCCGCUUCCUCUACAUCAGUGCUUGAAGAGCAGCCACCUGGUGUCACUGUCUCCGUCCUUCUUUCAACGACCCUCUCGUGUUACUCAGCAGUAGUUCGUCUGCUCUCCACUGAUUUCAGCCUUAAAGCAAAUGACUGUGUGUGACUAGUGUGUACCGUCAGGAUAAUUAGAUGUUAGCUGGUGUGUAUUCAGACAAAGUCAGGGAUGUUCUCUGUCUGUCUGUGUGGACUUGGAGUGUUGUACAGUUCACUGUGACGAUUGUCUUGUCAUUAUCUGUGACGCUUGCGUUUCUAAUAUCAACAAAUGAAUAAAAGGAAGUGUGUUUGAU